AUGUCUCUCAGUAUUCAGGCGUCAUCUGCCAAAAUGGGCCUUAUCGAAGUUACCAGAGGGCUUCUUCCAGGUGCUGGUGGUAGUCAACGGCUGCCUCGAACUGUAGGAAUCGGCCUGGCAAAGGAACUUAUUUUCACUGGUCGACAGAUAGAUGGCGAACAAGCAAUGUCAAUCGGCCUGGUGAAUAAUGCUGUGCGUCAAAAUGAUUUGGGGGAUGCAGCUUAUCAAAAAGCACUGGAUCUGGCCAAAGAGAUACUGCCACAGGGUCCAGUAGCUCUCAGGAUGGCAAAGCAGGCAAUGAACAGAGGCAUUGAGGUAGAUAUUGCAUCAGGAAUGGCAAUUGAAGGAAUGUGUUAUGCUCAGGUUAUUCCUACAAAAGACCGUUUGGAGGGGAUGGCAGCAUUUAAAGAAAAACGACUACCACGUUUUAUUGGAGAAUAAUGAAAUGACCAGUCUGACAUCUGAGAUGCACAUCAUAUCCUCUACGUGCAAACAACAGUUACAGAAUUGCUUAAGUACUGAACUUUUACAAACCAUAUGAAGGAUACUGAAUUUUUCACAUGGUUUCACAUCAUUUGUAGUCCCAGUUGCAUCUCGACUAAUGUUUUCACUGUCAUUUAAGAGGGAAUUAUAGUUUAAAAAUGAAUGCUGUUAGUAAUUUGAAUUGUCCCAGUGACGAAUACAUCAGAAGGUAGUAAUCCUGUAUACUGCACUAUUUGAAUCGUACUUCCACAUGACCCUGAUUAAAUAUUUGGUCUGCUGCUGCUUUUUGCUGUGUUGAUUUUUCCAUAUUGCUUGUUAAUUUGUUUUACUUAUUAUCCUGUAAAUAAAACAGCUAUUUUGACUCAGAAAUUAC